GGGCCGCGCGUCGGGGCGGCGGCGCGGGCAGGCCAUGCCCCGGAACUCCCCGUCGCUGUGGGAGCUGGUGGAGGAACACGUUCCGCUCCCGGAGCGGCCCGAAGUGAAGAGGAUUCUGGGGGAGACCACAGUGGACCUGAGCCUGGAGCUGCGGACGGAGGUGAUGAUGCUACGGUCACUGCUCCGAGAGGCUCGAUCCUCCCAAGCCCCUGGCUCCUGCCGCACCCCUGACCCCUCCUCCCUGCUGGCACCGCCGCCCCUGCUAAGAGACCUUGUGCGUCAGGAGCUGCGGCAGCUGCUCCAGGGCCUCCGCCAGAAAGCCAGCUUCGAGGGCAGGGACCAGACUCAGGCUUGGGUCCAGUAUAGCCCCAGGGUCCUGCGCUUUGCCUUGGAGGAGCCCAGGUGUGAUUUACCAGAACAGGAGAUGUUCCAGAUGAGAGCUGGUGAACCCAGCAGCAGUCCCAGGGACCUCAGCAUCAUCAGGGACCAACUGGACGCGUCCAACAUUGAUCAGGCGGCCGGACACCUGCGGGGCCUCCUGGAGGAGGAGUGUCGCACCUUGGAGAGGGAGCUCCCCAUCCUGCAGCACUGCCUGGAAGAGGAGUAUAUGGGAGCACCCCAGCCCUCCGAGGCAACCCUAGAGCCCACGCUGGCAGGUGAGGCCCCAGAGCACCCAGCCUCCUGCUGCCCGCCCACACUUGUGCCCACCCUGGAAGAGCUGGGUGCUAUGUCUUGGAUAUACCUCCCUUCAGAGCUAAAGGAGCAGAAGGCAGCCAUGCAACAGGAGCUGCAGGCACCUCUGAGGCCCUGCUGUGUCUCCCCCAGCCACAGGCAGCAGCCCCUGAGGUCCUCCAGUCAGGGCCUCAGACCCUUGCCUUGCCUCCGUGGGGCCGCCGGAGUUUGGGGCCGGCCUCUCCAGUGCUGCCUGCCUGCUCCUCCUCUGGAGCGCUGCGCUUGCCCGCGGGGCCUGGCCGCCAGCUGCCGCUGGGGACGGAAGCUUCGGUGCAGCCUCAGGGGAAGGCCAGCUUCUACUCCAGUGUCCAGUGCAGUGCCCCAGGCCCCAGCCUGAGGACUGGUCAUGAAGUAGGCUUCGGCUUCUGCUGGAACUCGCGCUGUCUGCUGCUGCCACCUCUCAGCUGCUGUGGCCCCGCCGCUUCAGAUCCUGUCUUGGAUGGGCCUCCGCCAAGACCCUAAGGCUGUCCAUCUGUCUGUCUGGCCCUUACCCCGCCCCAUUACCAGGUCCCUCGUAUCUGGUCCCGACCAUCACAGCCUUUGGCCUUUCUCCUCCCAGGCCUCCACAAAGGCCUGCAGGCAGAGGUGUCAUCCCAGCUCUGACUCUGGCCCCGGAGGACCCAGACAAAGCACAGCAGCAGCGCAGAGACAGGAAUAGAAAUUUCAUUA